GGGCGCAGCAGGGAAGGGCGCCGAGGCUCGGAGCUGGCGGGCGACGGGAUGCGGCGGGUCAUCCGCCCGAGCCCCCAUGGCCUGCACAAGCGAUGCACGGCUGCUGCUGGGCCGGGAGGAGCUGCAGGCGGCGCCCACGCUGCUGGUCCCCGCUGUGCUACUGGGCGCAGCACUCGGCCUGGGCCUCGGCCUGUGGCUAGGCUGCCGCGCCAGCCGCCUGCGUGCGCGGCUCCAGAAAGAUGACACUCAACAUCUGCUCAGGAGUUCAGAGCCCACUGCACAGAGCCUGCCAGAUACUGGCUCCCAGGUCAGGAGACGCCAGAGAGAAACAACUUUCCGGGAUGAGGAUGCUCCUGAGGAAUGUGAGCCAUCCUUGAGCGGUAACAUCACAGCAUUUGCACUGAAAGCCAGGGUUGUCUAUCCCAUCAACCAGAAGUUCCGGCCUCUGGCUGAUGGAUCCUCCCACCCGUCGCUGCAUGAAAACCUGACCCAGGCAGCAGCCAUUCUGCCCCACCUACCCCACCAGCCAGCAGAGGCCUCACCAGCCAGCAGCUUGGGCAGCCUGAGCCAGGCUGGCAAGGAGGAUGGCAGCUCCUCUUCCAGCAUGCACUCAGCCUACAGUGACGACAGGCUCCUCCACUGUGCCUUCCUCCAGGUGGGCAGCUUCCCUGAGGUUCUGGUCUGUGAGAGUGCGGAUAUUGACCUAUGUGUUUGCAGCCUUCACUUGAAAGACCUGCUUCGGGUAGACACAGCACUGAGACGGGAGAAGCACCUGAUGUUCAUUCAGAUUCUUAGAGCAUGCCUCCUGGACCUUUUUCCUAAAAAGAAGCCUGAUGAUGAAUUAUACCAGAAGAUCCUUACAAAACAAGAGCAUGAUUUGGAGGAGUUAGAAAAGGGACUUCAGGCCAGAUUGGCGAACACAGAAAUGUUGGGCACCGGUGAUUCUGGCUAUGUCUCCCUGGCAGAUGUGGAGAGGAAGGAGAGAGAGCUCUCGGAGCAACUCAUAGACAAUAUGGGAGCUUUCUGGAAGCAGAUGGAAAACAUCCAGCCCAUUCUUGUGGACCAGUUUAAAUGUUCCAGCUCCAAGGCACGGCAACUCAUGAUGACUCUGACAGGACGAAUGAUUGCCGCUGAAGGGAUGCUUCGUGAUUCUCAGGACCUGCAGGCCCUGGAUGCCCUGGAGAGAACAAUGGGUCGAGCCCACAUGGCAAAAAUGGUAGAGUUCCUGAGGACCCAGAUCCAGGAGGAGACCAAGUGCCGACUAACUGCCAUCUCCCAUGGCCUGGAGCGGCUGACUAUCCAGGGACAACUGUCUGGGAGACAGAAGGAGGAACUUCUGACCCAGCAGCACAAAGCCUUCUGGGAGGAGGCAGAGUGCUUUGGCAGGGGGCCAGCUGGAAGUAGACUAGAAUUCAUACAGCGGGGCAAAGACCUGGUCCAGGCAUCUCUGGCUCAUCUGGCAGAGGUGAUAUCAGAGCUCACACAAAUCCAAGAAGAAGAGCAGAAAAGUUUCCUGACUGAUUCCCAGCUGACCUCAGACCCAGGGGAGUUCCUCAAGGCUUUUCAUGAGGUCCUGGAAAGACAGCGACUGACGUGGAGUGACCAGGAGGAGGAGGAGGACAUCAGGAUCACUGAGGCCAUGGCUGCACUCUGUCAAGAACUGUACUGUGGCACCAUGGAAACCUUUCAAAAGUUUGUGGACACACUGUUCCUGAAGACUCUCCCAGAAGUGAGCAGUCUCCCUGUGGCAGACUGUGAGGCCCUGCGGCAACAGGUCCAGGAGCAGGCAGCGAGACAGCUGGGGCAGGUGGACCGAUUUCGCAGACGGCAGUGGGAACUCGUUUGUGAACUCUUGGAACAGGACAGGCGGGUGUGGCUGGAGGAGUGUGCGCUGUCCACGGUGCUGCAAAGGCAGCUGCGGGAUCACCAGGAGAGCACCAUCCAUGAGGUCCUGAGCCGCUUCACUGGCCUCUCUGAAGAGUCUACACGAGGCAUCCUGCAGGGCCACCAGCUGCUGCUGUGUUCUGCUAUGCGCAGACUAGCCCUCCGAGGUACCACCAUCACUGCCCUGGCUCAGAUGAGGCUGUCUGGGAAAAAGAGGCUCCUGCAGGAGCUGCGUGAGCAACUGGCUCUGGAGCAGGGAGCAUCCCCAUGCCUGGAGGAACAUCAGUGGCAGCUGCUCAGAGCCCUGGAGGCACGGAUACUGGAAGAGGCAGCCAGACUGGAAGAUGAGGCACAGCAGACGGGCCUGCGACUCCAGCAGCAGCUGCUUGCAGAGGCAAGGGAGGCAGGGCAGCUGCUACAGUUGCACUCAGAGCGGGCCAUUGGACAGGCAUUGCUGGUUCAUGCAAGGAAUGUGGCCAGCAAGGGCCGGACCAGGGACAAGGAAGACUUCAAGAGGACGCUAGUGGAGACAGUUGUGGAGAGUGUGUAUGUGACCAGCACCAGUGUCAGCCGCCUUGUGCAGGCAUAUUACCAGCGUAUCGGGAAGCUCUUGCAGGCCCAUGAGGAGCAAGUGCUGCAGCACCUGAAGACCCUGCAGGGUGAGAGAAUCAACACUUACAAGCUGUGGAAGAAGCAAGAAUUCAGUGACCCACUAUCAGGGAUCCAGACAGCAUCACCAGAAAGCCAGGCAGCAGAUACCCGUGGAGCUAACCAGGCGGUGCAGCAGAGGAUGCUGUCACAGCAGAAGAAGUUCCUGGAUCAGUUCACACAGCACCAGCAGGGCCGCCUGAACUCUCAAAAGCAGAAGGCUCAAGAGCUCAACCAGCUUGAAGCCCAGCUUGAGACCCAGCUGCAGGAAGCUGAGCAAACCUUUAUCUCAGAGCUGGCAACAUUGGCCCGAGUGCCUCUUACUGAAAACAAGCCAUUCUCCAACAAGCGAGGACUUCCAGCAGCAGAAGGCUGGGUCAGCAGGACAGCGAAGCUGGUGAUGGAGAGAACUCAAGGAAUAUGCUGCAGAAAAGAAGCAAUCUGUAGCUGGAAACCUGCUGAGAUGGACCUGACAUGCACCUUACUGCAUCCAUGGCUGCAGCUGUGUGGUUUAGGGGCAGAAGCAGGAGGCCAGUCUUGGGAGAGGGGAUGCCAUCUGCCUUACAAAGUGAAAUGACAUGACAGUAGCACCAACUGCCUGGGAUGACUGGAGGGAUGGCAUGCCUUGGAAAAUCUCAUCUUCUGCCAUGGUACACUUUUCCUGAUCACUUCCUCCCUCAGGAGGGCCCUCCAGCCUCACAGAGUUCCAGUGCUGCCCAGUGGCCCCUGAUUCCCAGCAUCUCCAUGAAGUCCUGCCUGACAGGGUCUCAGCAUCACUGGUGUUUUCUGAGCCUGAUGCCACUGUCUCACCUCCUUUGCUCCACAGUCAUAUCCUGGCAUUGGCUGCCAGGAUCCCAACCAGUACCAACUUUUGGCCUUAGUAUUUCUCUUUGGGCUCAGGUAGCCCUGGUACCUCAUCACUCAAGGAUGUCUGAGCUUCAGAGCCAGUGUCCUUGGUAUAGCCAUGGAGUUCCAAACCCACAGGCCUGUUCUAAACCACUUGGAUCUUGGGGAACCACCUGUGCCUGCCAUGUGCCACAAGAUCUCCUCCUUGGGCAUGGAGGGCAAGAAGGAGGCUUUCUCUACCCUUGGGUUUCACUGAGGAGGGUAAACCUACCAGCCAGCAGUUCCUUCCAUGAGGAGAGGCCCACAGGUCAUCUGCUCCUCCUGAGGGAUGGUUAGGACUUCCAUAAGCUUCCAAACCAGACCCACUUGCCCCACAGGCCAGAGGCCUUUCCCACUCAGGGGCAACCUCUCCCAUCAGCAUCAGGGAUUCCCAAUCAUUGCUGUCAAUAUUUUGGGUAUGAUCACUCUUUGUGUGUGAUGCCGAAGAUGGAGUCUCUCAUGUCAGACUCAGACCCAUGUAUAGCUAGGAGGUUCUGAAUGGCACACACUGUACAUUAGAGAUGAGAACUGCCACUCAGUGGAAACACUGCUUCAGUCACCUCCCUAGGAAACUGGUGUGCCUGAAACCGGGAGAGUUUCUGCCUGAAGACUGGGGUGACACAGCAUCCUACCUUCCUUCUUCUUUUCUUCCAUUCCCAGCUUCCCUUGCCUUAACCUCCUUGCACAUGAGCCAUCCCAAGCUCAUUCUGAAUAAACACCUCAAACCCAG